AUGCAGCAAUACCUCGAAGCACCGAUGUGUCUCUCGUACCUGAUCCCAAGCAAUGAAUUUGUUCCCAUUGCAAUCCAGAUCAAACAGUUGCCGGGUCCACAGAACCCCAUUUUCUUUCCGACAGACAGCAAAUACGACUGGCUGCUGGCCAAGAUCUAUGUUCGUCACGCUGACACACAGGUCCACCAGCUCGUCUCACACCUGCUGAACACUCAUCUGUUUGCCGAAGUCUACUGCAUCGUGACCCUCCGGAAGCUUCCGAGCGCACACCCGGUCUUUAAAGUACUUUCAGAUGCACUGCCGGUCUAUUGUACUGAACAGGGGAGCCUUGCCGGUGUCAGAAGCAUUGCCGGGAGUCGCCAGAGUUCGAUCUCCUCUACUGCAGCACACUUCCAUUGCUUCCGAGGUACCAUCUGGGACCUGGUCCAUCGGUUCGUGGCAAAUAUCGUUGACAUUUACUACAAGAGCAAUGCAUCCGUCCAAGAGGAUGAGGAAAUUCAUGAAUGGGCAAAGGAAAUCUUCACUGAAGGAUUCUUGGCGAAGCAAUACUCAGGUUUCCCCACGUCAUUCUCCACCAAGGACGAUCUCAUCAAGUACCUGACCAUGGUCAUAUUCAGUUGUUCUGCCCAGCACUCUGCAGUGAAUGCCGGACAGUUUGACUGGGGAUCCUGGGUCCGAAACAAUCCUUCCACCAUGCAGAAACCAGCGCCCACAGAAAAGGGGAAAGUCACUGAGGAAGACAUCUUAAACACUUUGCUGAUGAAAAGUGCCUCGGUGCUGGUGCUUGCAACCAUCCAUCUGCUCAGUCAACCAUCUCCCUCCAAAACGAGGUUGGGUACAUACAUGGAACAAUGCUUCAUUGAACAGAGAGCUAAGGAAUGCAUCGAGAAGUUCCAGGAAGCACUCAUGAAAAUCGAGAAUGAGAUAAAGAAGCGCAACGAGGGCCUUGAUCUGAAGUAUACAUACCUUAUUCCGAGAGUCAUCGAGAACAGUGUGGCGAUGUGAAGGUCCAUCCCACCGCUGGCCAUUGGUUCCUCUGGGCUUUAUGCUUUGGGGUCAGAUGAGAAUUCAAGCUGCAAAUUUCUAUAGUGCUUAUUGCCAAACGAAAGCAGCCAAA